AUGAAGCGCUCGGUAGCUGCCUGGCUCCUGGUCGGGCUCAGCCUCGGCGUCCCACAGUUCGGCAAAGGUGACAUUUGUGAUCCCAAUCCAUGUGAAAAUGGAGGUAUCUGUUUGUCAGGAUUGGCUGAUGAUUCCUUUUCCUGUGAGUGUCCAGAUGGCUUCACAGAUCCCAACUGUUCUAGUGUUGUGGAGGUUGCCUCAGAUGAAGUACAGCCAACAUCAGCAGGUCCCUGUGUUCCUAAUCCAUGCCAUAAUGGAGGAACCUGUGAAAUAAGUGAAGCAUACCGAGGGGAUACGUUCAUAGGCUAUGUUUGUAAAUGUCCCCGAGGAUUUAUUGGGAUUCACUGUCAGCACAAUAUAAAUGAAUGUGAGGCUGAGCCUUGCAAAAAUGGUGGGAUAUGUACAGAUCUUGUUGCUAACUAUUCCUGCGAGUGCCCAGGUGAAUUUAUGGGAAGAAAUUGUCAAUACAAAUGCUCAGGCCCAUUGGGAAUUGAAGGUGGAAUCAUAUCAAAUCAGCAAAUCACAGCUUCAUCUACCCACCGAGCUCUUUUUGGACUCCAGAAAUGGUAUCCCUAUUAUGCACGUCUUAAUAAGAAGGGACUUAUAAAUGCCUGGACAGCUGCAGAAAAUGACAGAUGGCCAUGGAUUCAGAUAAAUUUGCAAAGAAAAAUGAGAGUUACUGGUGUAAUUACCCAAGGAGCCAAGCGGAUUGGAAGUCCAGAGUAUAUAAAAUCCUACAAAAUUGCUUACAGUAAUGAUGGAAAGACUUGGGCAAUGUACAAAGUGAAAGGCACCAAUGAAGACAUGGUGUUCCGUGGAAAUGUUGAUAACAACACGCCCUAUGCUAACUCUUUUACACCACCCAUAAAAGCUCAAUAUGUAAGACUCUACCCCCAGGUUUGUCGAAGACACUGCACUUUGCGAAUGGAACUUCUUGGCUGUGAACUAUCAGGCUGUUCUGAACCUCUGGGUAUGAAAUCAGGACAUAUACAAGACUAUCAAAUCACUGCUUCCAGCGUCUUCAGAACGCUCAACAUGGACAUGUUCACUUGGGAACCAAGGAAAGCUCGACUGGACAAGCAAGGCAAAGUGAAUGCCUGGACCUCUGGCCACAAUGACCAGUCACAGUGGUUACAGGUGGACCUUCUUGUCCCUACCAAAGUGACUGGCAUCAUCACACAAGGAGCUAAAGAUUUUGGUCAUGUACAGUUCGUUGGUUCCUACAAACUAGCUUACAGCAAUGAUGGAGAACACUGGUCUGUAUACCAGGAUGAAAAGCAAAGAAAAGAUAAGGUUUUCCAGGGCAAUUUUGACAAUGACACCCACAGAAAAAACGUUAUCGACCCUCCCAUCUAUGCACGGCACAUAAGAAUCCUUCCCUGGUCCUGGUAUGGGAGGAUCACGUUGCGGUCAGAGCUGCUGGGCUGCACAGAGGAGGAGUGA